CUCCGACAGAAGUUAAGCUGAGGUUGAGGGCGGUCGGAACAAAAACGCCUGAUGUAAUUUAAGUCCGGAGGUGAUUAACAAACACCCGUGCACACCCGGAACCAGAACCAGCCACCCUCCAGCCUUGGAUUCCUCCGAGCACCACCGAACCCAGCCGCAGCUCCUGCCCCGCCAGAGCGCCUCUUCGCCGGGCUCAUCCGCCGACUCCGACCCGCCGCAGGACCGGAGCUCCACCGCUUAUUCCUCCUCCUUCUCCAGAGAGAUGGCGGCCACCAAAGCGGAGCUGCUGCUGUCCGCACUCCAGAUCUCCGAGCCGCUUUUCGCACAUCCGGCGCCGCCGUCCCCGCUGGACGGAUACCCGAAGCUGGAGGAGCUGCAGAUGCUGCUGCACAACGCCGCGUCUGCAGUCGAGGCGGCCGGGCUAUUGAGCGCGGAGCCCAGCGAGUUCACAGGUGAGCAACCAAAACAAACUGCACAACUAAAUAAUAUUAGCCGCAGCGACCACCUGACCACGCACAUCCGCACGCACACUGGGGAGAAACCCUUCGCCUGCGUCGAGUGCGGCCGCAAGUUUGCCCGCAGCGACGAGCGCAAGAGACACGCCAAGAUCCACCAGAGGCAGCGGGACCGCCGGGCAGACCGGAGCSCUGCCGCUGUGCCAUGCGCCACCGCCACACCAWGCGCUACCACCACGCCAUGCACCUCUGUCACUAWSCCGUCGCCCCCCUCGCUUCCCCAGAUCUAUGCCUCCUCYGCCUCUCCCCACUUGUACUCGUCGUCCUGCUCCUCCCCCAUGGGGAGCCCCCUGUCAGAGCUGCCGUCCCCCCACAGCUCCAACAUCUGCUGACGUACCCCGCCAUGACCUCUGACCUCAGACUGUUACCUUGCCGGUCAGAACCCUGAGCCUGGACUCUUUUGUGCAAACAUGUGGAUAUUGUACAUACGUGAACGUGCAUGAGCGUGCACGUGGUGUUUUGCCUACUGAGUAGGUUAUGGGAUGUUUGUGUGUUUACACGCUGGAAAAUAAAACCUGUUUAAAUCCUGA